UUGGUUUAAAUAUUUAAAAUUUUGAGUGUUAAUACAAUAAUAUAUAAGUAUAAAAAAAAUUAUAAUUAUUCUAUUUUUUGUUAAAAUGCAGUCUGAGAAGCCUAAAGAGUUUACAUCUAGUUUAUUAGUGAUAAUCUUAGAUGUUAAUCCUGCUCAAGAUAUUUUGCUUAAUAGUGAAAUUAAAUUAUCAUCCAUACUUAGUUCAGUAGUAGCUUUUGCAAAUUCUCACCUUAUGCUCCGUACUCAUAACAAAGUUGCUGUUCUUGCAUCAGAUCCUAAUAGUUGUGAUUUUAUAUACUCAGAUCAAGAUGAACUCGAUUUCAAAAAAAAAACGAUUAGUAGUUGUAAAAUGGGCGGAAGUCAAUAUGAAUUAUUUAGUCACAUUGAUCGUUCUAUUAAAUUUAAUAUAAUGAAAUUUUUAAGAGAUGCUUCUGAAGUAUUUCAUAUGUCUAGAGAUACUGUUUUUGGAGCAUCAUGUGCUAAAGCACUCUGUUAUAUCAAUAGAUUACAAAAUAAUUUAAUUCCUGGUGAAAUUAUGAAUUCAAGGAUUUUAAUUAUAACAGGGUGUGAUAAUGAAGGAGAUAAAUAUAUUCGCUGUAUGAAUACAUUUUUUACUGCUCAGAAACAAAAUGUAGCUAUAGAUGCUUGUAGUCUUACUCAUGAUGUCACAUUAUUGAAACAAGCAUGCUACAUUACAGAAGGUUCCUAUUUCAGAAUGCCAAAACUUGAAGGUCUCUUAUUGUAUUUGCAAUGGAUAUUUUUAACAGAACCAACUUCUAGAAAAAAAUUAGUCAUACCAUUAGCCCCUCAAAUGGAUUUCCGUCCAUUUUGUUUUUGUCAUGGAAAUUUAACUGCAAUUGGAUUUGUAUGCUCAUUAUGUCUAACUAUUUACUGUAAAAUCAGUCCUAUAUGCACAACUUGUGAAGCUGUAUUUAAAGUGCGCUCUACAUUGCCACUUAAACCCAAAAAAAAGAAAACUAAACAAUCUUCAGGAACUCCUAGUUAACAAUGUACAUUUAUGUUUUUCUGUAACUUUUUUUCAUGUGUUAAAUUUUUAUAUUCAAAAGAGCAAAUUUCAAUUUUUA